UUCUUCGUCCGCUAAAGCCAAUUUUUGUUAUUUCUGAGCCCGUGCAGAAUUUUGUUACAUGUUUAGAUCAGAUGGAGUUAUUUAAACAAAAGACUACAUCUUCUGCUUUCAAAGAUGACAUAAUGCCUUUAAUCUAUAAUUCUUUGGAGGCAAAGUCACCUGUAAUACAAGAGAAAGUUCUUAGAAUUAUACCAACGAUAGUAGAUUCGUUAGACAUUCUUACUAUUAAAUCAUCAUUAUUUCCUAGGAUACAGAAUUUAUUUGUUCACACAACAAUAUUGGCUGUUAAAGUUACAACAUUAAUUUGUCUGCAUUCACUAGUUAAAUCAUUAGACAAU